AUGCUGCACGAGCCGCCGGCGUCCCCAAACCGCCCGCGCACAUGCGCGGGCAAACCCGGCCCUACAAUUACGCAAUUGCGCAACGCACGUCGGCAAGACGGCCGGAAAACAGAUCGGCUUCUCGCAACGACAAAUACGUUGGCAAUCACUAAGCACAUACACCGUGCACAAAUCUACAGUGCUAAAAAUGUGGUGACUAAUGAAUUAUAUCCGAUCCCAUGUGGGAGGCAUAUCUAUAUCUCUCUAAAGACACCACCGACCAGCGUCGUUAACUCCCGACAUCCGUUGCCACGGAAACCGGAAACAACACCGGGUAUCCGUGGCAACCAGGACGCUGGCAGGCACACGCCAGGCAGGGAAGCCAACUGCAAAGGAAUAAAGUGA